GAUGUUCACCAUGGACAAGACUGCUUUCCUGAUUCUCUCAGUUUGGGCGGCAGUCUUUUUAGGCUUGGUGAAGUGUGACGUGUCUCUGAAUAAGUGUCAUUUCUCUGAGAGACGCCAUCACGUCCAGGUGGUGUAUGAAUCUAGCGCCGGGACCAAAAAGUGCGCCGGAACUCUCAUCCACAAGCUGUGGGUGAUCACCGCGAAGGACUGCUAUGGUGGGAUCGACGGGACGCUGAAAGUAAAGCUGAGUGAUCAGAAGAAGCCACUGGUCAUUAAGAGCAGUGAUGUCGUGAGCUCUUUAAAUGAGCCCAUUUUGUUGCUGAAGCUUCCAAAGUAUGUGUUAAACAUCAAGCCUGCUCUGCUGCCUUCUGGAGACUGCAUGACCCCAGAAGAGGGAGAUGAGCUGCAGGUUUCUGGCUAUAGUUUCACCAAAACUGAAGGAGAUGUGAACACAAACCUGAUGUGCUUGGAUGUUCAAGUCAGUAACUGCGCAGACUUGCCCGAAACUGACUCUGCGAAGUACAAAAGAGUCUUCUGUGGGAAAAAAAGUGAGGACAUCAGUGGCCAGAAUGAUUAUGGUUCCGGUUUUCUGGCGAAGAAACUAAAGAAAAGAAAAAUUACCAGGAAGGUGAAACAGACAGACACGCUGUUUGGAGUUCUCAUUGAUGCUCAACCUAACCAACUCAUUUUUUAUAGCAUCUGUCAUCAAGAAACAAAGAACUGGUUAGAUGGCACUUUGAAACCCAAAAGGUUUCGUCUCCUAUAGAGCCUAGAACGUUUAAUUGCUUAUUUGUUUGCUUUACAUCCUUUAUUUGAUUAAACAUGUUUGUUUGCUUUCCCUACAUUUCUCUCUCUUUCAGAACAUGUUAUAUCCAUUUCUUCCCAGAAACGUCUCAUGUCGCUGCUGUCUGAACAAAACCUUGUAUCUCCACUUUUGUCGUUUUUCAAUUUUUUAUUUAAUCUGGAAAUACCUGUCGACCUUUAUAUUGUGUGCAAAUUUCAUGAAGAAUCGACCAAAAUA